UCCCUAACGUGUAUAGCAAUAUACUUUUCAGCAGUAGCUGCGUCAGAGCAUGAUACUUCCUCACACUCACAUCGAGAUCGAAGUCGUAGCCGUUCGCGCGAUAGAAAAGAGCGUCGCGAACGUCGUCGGCGAUCACGUUCAGGCGAUCGAGAUCGGCAUAAAAGGAGAAGAAGUCGCUCACGAAGACGUAGCAGGUCGCGUGAUCGUGAUCGAAGGCGGUCUCGCAGCAGGAGCAGGUGGGGCUAUUCAUUUUCCUCAAGAAACUUGAAUAUAUGUUUCCCUCGCUUGACCUUCAAAUUCAUGAUUUAUAUAUGGCUGUGUUUAGCUGCAUCUGGCACUGAUGCUAUAGCGGGCCACGAUUCGGCAUUGGUAGAGUCGGGACGGAAACGUGAACGUAAAUCACGUUGGUCUGUAACAAAAAGCUUCGUGCCGGGCAUGCCCACUAUCUUGCCAUCUAACCUAUCAGAUGAUCAACGCACUGCUUAUCUUCUGCAACUGGAGAUUGAAGACGCCACACGCAAGCUGAGACUGGGCGAUUUUCUUGGCUCGACAGAUCCAGCGGAAAGAAGUCCUUCCCCAGAGCCGAUUUACGAUAGUAAUGGCAAGCGCUUGAAUACACGAGAAGUCCGAAAGCGUCAAGAAUUAGAGCAGCUACGUCAUGAGAAAAUUCAAGCGUUGUUGAAGAUUAAUCCCAACUUCAAACCACCAGCUGAUUAUCGUGCUCCGAACAUACGUCUUCACGAUAAGGUAUGGAUACCUCAAGAAAGCCAUCCUGAGUUGAAUUUCGUUGGCUUGUUGAUCGGGCCACGCGGUAACACGUUGAAGAGCUUGGAGGCGGAAACAGGGGCUAAAAUUAUCAUCAGAGGAAAGGGUUCCGUGAAAGAAGGAAAGUUGGGAAGUAGAAUGGGCCCCAUGCCGGGAGAGAAUGAGCCGCUCCAUGCAUAUGUUACUGGAACGGAUCAGGCUACAAUAAAGAAAGCUUGCGAUAAGAUUCGCUCUAUAAUAGCGGAAGCUACAGCAAUUCCUGACGGUCAAAAUGAAUUACGUAAGCUACAGCUUCGUGAAUUGGCUCUGCUUAAUGGAACACUCAGACCAGAGGAUCUGGUUAGUGGAGCUCGCUGUUCAAACUGCGGUUCUGACGAACAUAAGACAUGGGAAUGUCCGGAUGCACCCAAUAUUACCGCCAAAGUGGUUUGUAUGGCAUGCGGAUGUGCCGGUCACAUUGCUAAAGAUUGUAAAAAUCCGCGGCCUGGAGCUGGCACUGCAGAUGGAGGUAUGGAUGACGAAUAUUCAGCUCUUAUGGAAGAACUUGGUGAACGUCCAGCUCGACAAGCUGAUGGGUCAAUGCGAGGACGAGGCACAACCACUGUCCGUGGUCAAGUUGGUAAAGCCACCCUACGGAAUGGCACCACCACCGGACCCAUAUCAGCCACACGGAUUUUUCUCCAGUCCUGGAGCUCGAGGGCGUGGAAGUUUCAGAGGGUUCGUUUCUUCUUUGAUGGCUUGUUUGGAAAUCGGUUUUCUCGAUAUCAAUGCACCAUCUUUAGUAUUAUCCUUUAUUUAUGUAUUUACGUAUUUAUUAAUGUCCUUGGUAAUAGUCUGUUAAACUUUAGAGAUUACUCCGGUGGAUGGUAUGGAGGAGCGUCAACAAUGCCGUUACCUGUGCCGCCACCGCCGCCUCCACCAAUGGGAGGCUUCCCACCACCACCUCCACCACCUCCUCCUCCAGCACCACAGAACGACUUGUCCCGUAUACUUUCUGCGCCAGCUCCGCCUCCGCCACCUCCUCCUCCAUCACAAUGA